AGUGUUUCUAGCCCCCACCCAGCUGUGUUUUUUCCCCCCCACGCGCUCAGAUCAGCCUGCGUCUCGCGCCCACAGCUCGCGCCUUUGCGCUAAACGGAGCAGCCUUGUGCGCUUCAUGGACUAGUUCUGACAGGAAGUCUGGUCUAAACCUGUCGGUUCGGUUGCGGUAAACUUCCGGCCCAAACGGACAAGACCUGAGCAGAGGUGCAUCCAUGACUUUACACACUUGGCUGCUUUACGGGGUUGGAUUCAUUUUGGCAUCCGCGCUCUUCACGGCACAGGUCCAUGGACUGCAGUGCUACGGCUGUAACGUCAUCCAUGGGCAGAAGUAUGUAGACGUUGGUUGCUCCAAACCUGAGAUCAUCACCUGUACUCAUUCUCACAAAGGCUUUAAGCACCGCUUCUGCAUCAAAACAGAAAGCAUGGCACUGGGUAUCGUCCUGACCAGCGGCUGUGCCACGUCCCGCCACUGUCAGCAGCAGGAGCUUCCAGGAGUGAACAUCCACUGCUGUGAUACAGACUUAUGUAACAGUGCUCCCUGCUGGCACCCAGGAACUCUGCAUUACAUCUGCAUGCUGGUUGGCCUAAUGGUGAUGUAUCUGUGAAGGAAGAGAACUCCUGAGAAACUCUGGAAUGUCUGGCGUGUCUGCGGAAAUGCUCAAAAAUUAUGUUUUGUCCUUCUUUACAUUUUUGUAAGCCUUUUGCUUUAUAUGCCGUGUAUUACAUUCCUACUGCCAAUCAGGGACUUGAACUGAAGUUUGGCCAGAGGUACUGUGAUGAGUGUUCUUAUCUGCUGGGUACCUGUCAUCAAUAUUUUUGUCAAAAAAAUACGAUUUUUUAAAUGUUAAUAAGAUUUUCAUAGAGUGAUGAACCACCAUGUCUUGAAAUGUAGUGAAUGGGAAUGAAAAAACUGAUGUUUUGAAGAGGUUAUAACUGAAAAAACCCCAAAACAAAACAAAAAACAACCACACACUGUAAAUAAUAAAGUCCUAAUUGUUUUAUUCAGUA